GCAUCAUCAAUAUAAUGCAGCAACAGCAACACCAGCUACAGCAACAAUAACAACAUCGCCAAACAAUCCCAACAACAAUUUUCGACCACAGUUAGCAAACGAUCGCAAUGCAAAUCGUAACACAAUGCCCUAUACAUUUGCUAGCUGGCGCAAUGGCACUUAUUGUUAUCGCUAUAGUGCCAACGGCAGCAACAGCGCCAGCAAUACCAACAACAACAACAAUAGCAGCAGCAAUAACAAUAAUAGCAACAUCAACAACAACAAUAACAACAACAACAACAACAAUAGCAGCGAGAACAUUCCCUGCGCUCAUGACACAAGUAACUAUUCCAAAGUCGAGCUCGUCGAGAAGCUGUUCUUGUGGCAGCAACAAAAGCGAAAAGCCUAGCAGCAACAGCAACAAGAGGAGCAACAGUAACACGAACCACAGCAACAACAUGGAUCAACUUUUUAUUAGGAUGGACUUGAAACAAUGAAUUUUGCAGAUGCUAAGUGCAGCAAAGCCGCAGCAAACAAAAGAAACAAAGUUAAAAA